AUGAAGACAUCAUCAGUUCUCUCUUUAGCGGCUCUGUCCGCAACGGGCGUCGUGGCUAAGCCGAUGCCUGUUUGGACGAAUGAGGUAGCGCCGCGGGAUAUCGACGGUAUAAAAUCGAUUGUUGGAAAAGUCUCCGAUGCUAUUACGAAACUCGAUGGAUCUGUCAAGGCCUUCGAUGGCUCUGACAUUAAGGGUGUAGAGAACGACGCGAAGGACCUCGUCAAGCUCCUCACAGAAGGCGGAAAGGAGUUAACCAGCGGCGACAAUGAACUCUCGUUGGUCGACGCGAUAGGAUUGACGGAAGUUGUGACACCACUGGGCCCCGCGGCUGAGGAUCUGCUCAAAGAUGUGACGGACAAGAAGAAGGAGUUCGAAAAAUGGGCGCUGUGCUCCAUCGUUGGUGGUGCCGUCCAGGACAUUGGAGGUGCUGCUAAGUCUCUCGUCGACGGUGUCGUCAACCAGGUUCCCGAGGCGGGACGUGAUAUCGCACAGGACGUUGCCGACCAGGUCGUGAAUAAGCUGUCGAGCUUAGUCGGCGAAUUCGCUCCCGACAAGUGCAAGGAUGCGAAGGAAACUCCCAAGCCUUCUGACGACAGCAAUGUCACCAUAGAGACUACUAUCACAACUACCACUCCUUGCUCAACCCACCCUACAGAGACUCCUACAGAGACUCCCUCUACUACGCCUUGUGAUGAAAACACAACUGUGGAGAUCACCAUAACCACCACGACACCUUGCAGUUCUACCGAGACCCCUAAAGAGACUCCCCCGCCGAAGGACACUCCUAAGGAGAGCACUCCUCCUAAGGAUACCCCCAAGGAGACUCCGCCACCCAAAGAGACUCCCAAGGAAAGCAGCACUUCAUCAAAGGAGACUCCUACGUCGACCUCCGAGAUGCCUAAGGAGACACCGAAGGAAAGCAACCCUCCUAAGGAUACUCCCAAGGAGAGUAACCCCCCGAAAGACACUCCUAAGGAGACCACUCCUCCCAAGGAAACCCCCAAGGAGACCCCACCGCCCAAGGACACCCCUAAAGAGACCCCUCCCGCCGUUAGCAAGAGCACCGUCACCGAGACCGCACCCUGCUCAUGCGAGACUGAGUCUACUACCCCCGUCGAGAUCGUAACCGUCACAACUACGCCUCCCUGCUCGAGUUCUUCCAUGGCCACUUCUUCCAUGAUCACUUCUUAUAUAGUCACCCCGCCUCCGCCACCCCCAGCCCCGAUCACCACCCCGAUCGUCAGCGCAAACACAACCACCACACCCAGCCCUACCGGCUCAGUCUCUAAGCCGGCCAUCCCCAUCGCUACUGGCGGCGCCGUCGCUCAAGUAGCCAGCACGGGCGCUACCGGCUUAUUCGCCGUUCUCGCUGCUAUCUUCAUGCUAUAA